GAAAAAUAAUAAAAUAAGAAGCCUCAAGGGAGCCCAGUAAACGAAACAAAGCCGCGUUAAAAGCAUAUCGUGAAGAGAGACGACUUAGCAGAGAGGGAUGGAGAAGGAGGAGGAGGUGAAGAAGGAGGCGUCAGAGAUAAUCGGGCAAUACGAAAAGCUGCCUGCUUUGGUUGUAUUCGAUCUCGAUUACACUCUCUGGCCUUUCUAUUGCGAGUGUUUUUACGAAGAUGAAAUGCCUUAUCUCUAUUCUCACGCUAAACCCAUUUUACACGCUCUCAAGGAGAGAGGAAUUGACGUGGCUGUCGCUUCCAGAUCACCCACUCCUCAUAUUGCCAAUACUUUUCUCAAUAAAUUGGGAAUUCACUCCAUGUUUGUAGCCAAGGAGAUAUUCUCCAGCUGGACUCACAAAACUGAGCAUUUCCAGAGAAUCCACCGAAGGACUGGUGUACCUUUUACUUCAAUGCUCUUCUUUGAUGAUGAAGAUAGGAACAUCGAAGCGGUAUCAAAAAUGGGUGUAGCAAGUAUUUUGGUUGAAAAUGGAGUAAAUCUCGAUGCUUUGAGACAAGGAUUAUCUGAAUUUAGUCUGAAGUCGGGUUCCUCCAGCAGAAGCAGGGAGGACUAAAUCUUCGAUCUUCAUACAGAACUGUGGUGUGGAAUGUUAUAUUCUUCUGCUUCAUUGUAGCAUUGUCAUAUAUUUGUUGCUCUUCUGCACCAUUCAUACCAUCAAAUUGUAUCAAAAUACAUACUCAUAUUGAUUUCUGUGGCCUAAUGGGCAUUUUGAAAUACUUCUCAAUAAUAUUCUGUUGUUACCAAAACUUAACUUUUGUCAAUACUUAUUUGCUGA